AUGGGGAACAAACUCAGCUGCUGCCUGAAGCCCAAUGCCAGCCCCAAGGUGGGCCGGAGCUUGGAGUGGGUGAAUCCACACCCUGAGUCUGAUGCCUGUGAGGUGACUCAAGCUGCCAGGGCACAUGAGGACUUGGGUUUCCAGUUCUGCACAUGCCACCCUGUGCUGCGCCUCAGUGACCUGCAAAGGCCCAAAGCUGUGAUAUUUUCUUCUGUUCCCCUUCCCAUUCAGGUGUCUCCUGGUCACCUUAGGGAAAAGUACAGCUCCUGUGCUACACUAUUUGUAGACAGCACUAUUUCUCAGCCUGAUUUGAAAGUCACCUUGCAGUGCCUGGCACUAGCAAUAUAUUACCACAUAAAGAACAGAAAUACAAAUAGAUCCAAGGACAUUUUUGAUGAGAGACUCCAUCCUGUCACAGAAGAAAAGGUUCCUGAGGAAUUCUUUCAUCAUAAUCCUGAUCCCGAAUCAAUUUACAGAUUUAUUCGACCUUUUUUCAUUGCCUAUAAGGCAACAGGAGGAUAUGCCAUAACAACAUUGGUUUACAUAGAAAGACUUUUAUCUUAUGCUGAAAUCGACAUUUGCCCAUCUAACUGGAAACGCAUUGUUUUGGGAGCGAUUAUUCUGACAUACAAGUAUCUGCACGAUCAGAUUAUGUGGACUUUUCACUUCGUCCCAUUGCUAAAGGGCAUUACAAUCAAGGACUUGUUCGUGAUCGUGAUCGUGAUCGUGAUGUUGAUCGUGAUCAUGAUCGAUAUCGGAAACCAGGCCUAA